AUGGGGUCUCUCAUUAGUGACAAGAGUAAGCACACACCCACCCACUCCGCGAAAGUACCUCGCGCUGUACCAAGUUUAGGUGCAGCGCAAAAGCAGGCCAUCGCCGAGUGCAUCUCCGACGAUGCCCUCAUCCACCUCAAGUCGUACAAGUACUCCGCAGUCGACAAGUCGCCGAUAUCCAAAUAUGUCCUCCGCCCCUACUGGGAAGCUUCCGUCAAGUUGCUGCCGCUAUGGCUGGCUCCGAACAUGGUGACAUUGAUCGGCUUCGCCUUCAUCCUGGCCAACAUCCUCCUACUCGUCAUUGUUAUGCCCGAUCUCGAGGGACCCGGACCGUCAUGGCUAUAUUUUAGUUUCGCACUCGGCCUGUUCAUGUACCAGACCAUGGACAAUCUCGACGGAAAGCAAGCUCGACGAACUGGCACCUCGAGCGGUCUCGGCGAGCUCUUCGACCACGGCAUCGACUCGCUUAACUGCACUCUCGCCAGUCUUCUGGAGACUGCUGCCAUGGGCCUGGGCACCUCCAAAUCCGGCGUCUUUACUGCGCUCUGCCCGUGCCUGCCCAUGUUCUUUUCGACCUGGGAGACCUACCACACCCACACGCUCUACCUCGGCACCAUUAACGGCCCCACGGAGGGCAUCCUGAUCGCCUGCGCCAUCAUGGCCACCUCCGGCAUCUGCGGUCCUGGCAUCUGGACCCAGCCCAUCAUCGACAUACUUGGCGAGAAGCACUUCUUCGGCCUCAUGCCGCUGAUCCACCACUACUCGAUUCGGGACAUCUGGAUUGGCAUGAUCAUCACCUCGCUGCUCGCCACCCAUAUCCCUUUCUGCAUCUACAACGUCGUUCGCGCGCGUCAGCAGAAGAACCUCCCGAUCGCGCCCGUCUUCCUCGAAUGGACUCCCAUGCUCGUUUUCACCGCUGCUAUCGGCGCUUGGGUGUACUCCCCAUACUCGACCCUCAUGCGGGAGAACCACCUCGUGCUCUUCUGCUUCACCAUGGCCUUUGUCUUUGGACGCAUGACCACCAAGAUGAUUCUCGCCCAUCUGACACGCCAGCCCUUCCCGUUCUGGACCGUCAUGCUCUGGCCCCUCGUUGGCGGUGCCUUCAUCGGGAACUUGCCCCGCUUCGGCGUCGCUGCCGUCACGGCCAAGGCUGAGCUCGUCUACCUCUGGGCCUACUUCUUCUUCGCCCUCGUCGUGUACUCUCGCUGGGCCUACCUCGUUGUCACGAGCAUCUGCAACUUCCUCGGCAUCAAUGCUCUCACGAUCCCCAGGGAAAAGCAAAUCGCCAACGAGCAGGCCUUUGCCGCGCAGGCUGCCCUCAACGACAUGAACGGCAAGCGCCACGACUAG